GACGAAGCUCUUCGGCGCCAUGAUCCUGGCCGUCAGGUCGUGGGUGGAGUGCGCGUGCGUGGCGGCCCGGCAGCUGAAGGGGCAGUAACCGACUUGGUGGUCUCCCUUUGCCACGUACGGCGGCGAGGACGGUAGUAUCCCCGAUUCUACAUGUGGCUGCCUAUUAUAUUUCACUAAUCAGCACUGUAUGGCGAGACAUCUGAUCUCCAGCUGAAAGUAGAAGGAUAAAUCUGCCCAGCUAUUCAAUAAACUUUGUGAGAGAGUAGCUCUGUAAAAAGGCCAGAGGUAACCAUGAAUGGUCAACUGGACUUGAGUGGAAAGCUUAUAAUUAAAGCUCAGAUGGGUGAUGAUAUUAGGAGAAUUCCGAUUCACAAUGAGGAUAUCACCUAUGAUGAGUUAGUGCUGAUGAUGCAGAGAGUUUUCAGGGGAAAGCUUCUCAGUAAUGAUGAAGUCACAAUAAAAUACAAAGAUGAAGAUGGGGAUCUUAUAACAAUCUUUGAUAGCUCGGACCUUUCCUUUGCAAUUCAGUGCAGCAGGAUACUGAAACUGACACUGUUUGUUAAUGGGCAGCCAAGGCCUUUAGAAUCCAAUCAGGUAAAAUACCUCCGGCGAGAACUGAUAGAACUUCGCAACAAAGUGAAUCGUUUGCUGGAUUGCUUAGAGCCACCUGCUGAACCAGGCCUUUCAACCAGUCUCCCUGAAAAUGAUGUUGCAGAGGGUAGGGAAGACAAGCCUGCUACUACUGACUCCACUGUCAAACCUUCUACUCAAGUUAUAGCAGCAAGUAUGUCUGCUUUUGAUCCAUUAAAAAAUCAAGAUGAAAUCAACAAAAAUGUCAUGUCAGCAUUUGGGUUGGCAGAUGAUCAGGUGUCAGGACCCCCCAGUGCCCCUGUAGAAGAACGUUCAGGAACACCUGAUAGCAUUGCUUCCUCAUCCUCUGCAGCUCAUCCACCUGGUGUUCAAUCACAGCAGCCAUAUGUAGGUGCUCAGCCACAAACUGGUCAAAUAGAAGGCCAAAUGUAUCAACAGUAUCCACAACAGGCUGGAUAUCCUGCUCAGCAGCCUCAAGCUCAACCCCAGCAACAAUAUGGUAUGCAGUAUCCAGCAGGCUACAGCCAACAGACUGCUCCUCAACAGGCACAGCAGUUCCAAGGAUACAGUCAGCAGGCAUCACAGCCUCCAGCUCCUGGCUUUCCUGGCCAGGCUCAGCAGCUGCCAGCUCAGCCUCCCCAGCAGUACCAGGCAGGCACCUAUCCACAAAACUACACAACACAAGCAUCCCAGUCUGCUAGUUAUAAUGUGCCCCCAGCUUCACAACCUGGAAUGGCUCCAAGUCAGCCAGGGGCUUAUCAGCCAAGACCAGGCUUCACCCCACCACCUGGAACUACUAUGACACCUCCUCCAAGUGGCCCUAAUCCUUAUGCACGCAACCGUCCUCCUUUUGGCCAGGGGUAUACCCAGCCAGGUCCUGGCUAUCGAUAAGGAUGUUCUGCUGCUGAAAGGCCCCAGGUAAAUCCAAGCAGCUGCUGAUGCUUUUCCAUCCAUAUAGACUCCAAGGUUCUUUAACUGAUUACAAAAACUAAUGAAAGACAGAAUAUUGUGUGGUAUCACUGUUGCUGUUUAAUUUGCUGGGAUAUAUGACCAAAUGAAUCUUGUUUCCUGCUUUAAAUUGCAUUGGCUCUCUAGUUUAAUAUUGAUUUUUGGAAACACUACCUAAAUGUUUGUAAAGUAAUGACAUUCUAGCUUGCCAUAUUAAACUGCUAGGUGAAAAUCUAGCUCACUUAUCUGGCUUGUUUUUACUAAUACGAUGAUGUACUAAAUUAGACCCACUUGUUAAAAGAAAAAUAUGAUGUAUAAAUUGUAACAUGCUCUCUGAUUGAAUAAACAGUCAAACUCAA